GUGGGAAGCCUGCAAGGUUAAGGUAGUUUUGCUAGCUCCUUCUGAAGAGCUGCAGCUUGCCUUGCGCUGGGGCUGUGGAUACAGGAAAGGAGAGGAUGGGGAGGGGCAGGGUUGAGAUGAAGCGCAUCGAGAACAAGAUCAACCGGCAGGUGACCUUCUCCAAGCGCCGGAACGGCCUCCUCAAGAAGGCCUACGAGCUCUCCGUGCUCUGCGACGCCGAGGUGGCGCUCAUCGUCUUCUCCGGCCGCGGCAAGCUAUAUGAGUUCGGCAGCGCGGGAGUAAACAAGACAUUGGAAAAGUACCAUAAUUGUUGUUACAACGCUCAAAGUUCCAACACUGGUUUUCGUGGUGAGCCUCAGAGUUGGUACCAAGAAAUGUCAAGACUCAAGGAUAAGUUUGAAUCUCUCCAACGCUCCCAUAGGCACAUGCUUGGUGAGGACCUUGGACCACUGAGUGUAAAGGAACUGCAGCAACUGGAAAAGCAACUGGAAUCUGCACUAUCACAGGCUCGACAGCGGAAGACUCAAAUCAUGAUGGAACAGGUGGAUGAGCUUCGCCGAAAGGAGCGCCAACUUGGCGAACUUAACAAGCAACUGAAAAACAAGCUGGAAGCAGAAGGUUGCAACAACUACAGAGCCGUCCAUACUUCCUGGGCUCCUGCUGCCACGGUGAGCGCCAACGGCGGCGCCCUCUUGGUGCCAAAUGCUCACCCACCAGCUGCUAUGGACUGUGGACCCACUCUUCAAAUCGGGUAUCACCAGUUCGUUGCUCCUGAGGCAGUAGCAGCCAUGCCAAGAAGCAGUGCUGAAGGAGGGGAGAACAGCAACUUCAUACUCGGUUGGGCCCUUUGAGCUGUUCUCUGUCGAUGAAAGCAAAUAAUAAAGACGUACGUAUAGUAUGGCAAACGAUGAAACAUGUAUAUGGUCAGUACUACUCCAUAUAUGCAUGCCGGCCCUAGCUCAUGGCAUGAACUGUGCGCUACCUAUUAUGACGGUUCCUGAUACUCAGAACUGUGGUAGCCUUUUUAAUUUCUUGUCCUUGAUUCUUGGAUUAGAAUCAAAACCUGAGAUGAAGGUCUCCCUAAAUAAAGGGACUGUACACGCGGUUCUUCAUGUGCCUUCAUCUCAAACGUCCAAUUUUAGAUUGGACAGUAAAAAAAUAUGCGUUUGCAGUACUAUAUAUUUCAAUUC